UCUGACAGUUGAACAACAAUGGCCGGGGUGGAGGCUACUCAACCUGCUCCGGCGGUUGAUAUUUCCAAAACUAGCAGCAUGCCAGCUGAAGGAUAUGACAAGAAAUGUAUUUUCUGCAAGAUUGUAAACAAUGAAAUGGGGACAGAACUUCUUCACUGUGAUGAAGAGAUCUCAUGUUUCAGAGACAUCAAACCUGGAGCUCCCCACCAUUACCUGGUCGUCCCAACCAGACAUGUUGGGAACUGUAAAUCACUCAGCAAAGAACAUGUGCCUUUGGUGAAGCGGAUGGUCGAGACUGGGAAGGAGAUCCUUCAGAAAAACAACGUAACCGAUCUCAGUGAUGUCAGGUUUGGUUUCCAUUGGCCCCCAUUCUGUUCUGUUACACACCUACACCUUCAUGUCCUGGCACCUGCCACUGAAAUGGGCUUCAUGUCUCGCCUCUUCUACAGACUCAAUUCCUAUUGGUUUAUCACGGCAGACCAGCUGAUUGAGAUUCUCAACUCUAAAGGAGAUACCAACUGAUCACUUGAAUGCAGCUCUUGCAGUACUUGACUGUGAUGUAGUGACUGAAACAUCCACCUUCUUGUAGAUGUCAUGUUGGAUGGAACACUCUCACAUUAAGUUGCUGCCUGUUUGCCACAGCAGAUGACAUUUGUAUUUCUAUGAUAUUUGUGACCACUUAGGUGUUCAGACUUCAGGCAAGUAAAAGCUUAAAUGAAGCCAAAUCUUGUUUCUUGCUGCUUGAAAUGUUUUAGGAACAAACGUUUUUUAAUGAUUUUUCAGAAGAAGUUAAUAAAAUCCACUAAUCCACUGUAACAAACAAUCUAGUCACUUUAUGGACCAAGUAACAUACAGUAGGUCUUUUAAUCACCAAAGAAAAUGUUGAAGGCAAUCUGUUGAAUAGAACAAUAGGUUCACCGAUGUGACUUGUAUCAUUUUCAAUAUCAAUAUACAGAUAGAGAAACGAUUCAUUUUAUUUCCUGUCAUGCCAUACUGCCUUUGCCUUAGUGCUUUUGCAGCUCAUGUAUCAACUGAAAUGUAUUUAAAUCUCUGUAAGAAAAAUUAAUUUGUACAAUUCACAUAUUGAGACAACAUAUUACACAGCUGUUUAUAUUGAGUUCCUCAGCUAUGAUACGUUACCUCUUUACCUAGUGACAUCUUCAUUAACCAUUUACAAGGUUCCUUUACAGUGGAAGCAACUGACACUGACAGUAAUGUGUUGAUCUCAACAAGCACUGAAAUACAACAGGGUAUUUACUCAUCUCAUGUUUGUUUUGAUGUGAUAUCUUAAGACUGUAUUAAGAUAUAUAAUGUAUAAUGUGAACUAACUGAAUGGUGCAUGAAGUGAUUACUACAACUGCUAUAUUAUACCAUACUAUACUGUAUUAAUGGAAUGUGAAGAAAUGAUUCUUUGGUACUGUACAAAAGUGUAUGCACUUUCAGAAAUGUUAAUUUAUCAUAAAUAAUAUAUUGCUGCUUCUUAGUUUGAUUUUCUCAGAUAUCUUGUUGUCUCAGUAUGUUUCUAAUGUAGUGAAUAUAAAGUCUGAAUAUUCACACCAGUUUACAAUCUCUAUCCCGUUCAUUGAACUACACUUAUGGUUCACAAAGCACCUACAGUAACAGAAUGACAAACGGGGCACUGUGUCUUUUAUUUCUUUAUUAUAAGACCAUAAGCAGCACUUGCUCAUUUAUCAGUCUACUACUGCUCAUGUUAAGAAAGCUCAUUAAUUUGCAUGGCUAUUACUGCAGCAGCAGAUAUCAUGGCAUCUCUCAGUCAGUGCAUAGUUCUUUACUGUGAACUUCUCACUCCAUUAAAGCAGCACAUGAGUUUAUUGUAUAUCAGUCUCAGCGUGGCUCAGGUUUCAUCCUAUAACAAGGUUGCCUAAAUUACAAGCACACUUGUAAUAAAUACAUGCUCUGAAGCACCCAAGCCAAGUGGGAUCAGGUUCAUCCUAUAGCACCAUAUUGUCUGUCACAGGUGGCCUCAUGUUCUCUUUGGCUUUGGUUCACUCUCAUUAACCACUCUGACUUCAUUUCAGCUGCCGACUCCUCCACUUUCCCCAUAUUAAAAAGUUGUUCACUUUUCCCAUUGUUAUUUAGACCUGGUGUAGUAUAGCAACACUAAAUGAAAUGUAGUAGAUGAAAUAAUGUAAAUAAAUGAAAAUUUUAAAAAGCAUGAAUACAUACAGUAUGUAUCUCGUAUUUCUGUUGUUAAGUUUCAACUUUCAACUUCAUUCAACCAAUACUUCCCCUUUAAACUUUUAGUUUGUAAUACCUGUGAUUUGAUUCCACUUAACAUUAAAUUUUAUUGUUUUUGACUCCUGCAUGUAUCUGUGCUCUGGACAGCAGGUUCAGUAGUUCUUAUGUUUGUAGCUUGAAGAGAGGUGGAGGUGGUUUGAAUUAUUAGCCACUGAGGUUUUUAGUUGUUAGUUGUGUCAGCAAGAAAAAGCUAUAUUUCUAAUUACAUGUGCGUUUAUGUGACUACAGUGAGUGCUGCCAUGAAGCAGCUCUGUGCCUGCCACU